CCUAAGUGCAGGUGUGGAUUAACUAGCUGAAUAGUAAACAAACGAUGAAAUUACAGGGAAGUGACUUGACGUAGGAUAGCAUUUGUCUGUUGUUAUUCGCUAUGGCAAUGAUGGAUAGUUUAGCCGUUGAGAGAAGAAUUGUUGUGAUUGCUGUGGACGAUAGCGACCAUUCGGAGUUUGCAUUUAACUUUUAUUUAACAGAGAUUAAGAAAAAUGGAGACAUCCUUAUACUGGUGUAUGUUCCUGAAUAUCAUAAAGUAGUGCAAGCUCCUGUUUUACUCACAGAUCCAGGUACUGUUUCUCAGCUAAUAAAAGAAGAAGAACAACAUACCUGUAAACUGGUCAAACGAUACUCUGAUAGAAUGCAAGCCGUUGGUUUGACUGGCAAGAUGAAACAGAUGAGUGGAAAGCCAGGAGAGGCAAUUAUAGAAGCUGCCAUUGAAGAAAACGCGGACAUGAUCGUGGUAGGGACACGUGGUCUAGGUAAAGUUAAACGUACAUUCCUUGGAAGUGUUAGUGACUAUUGUGUACACCAUUCUCCUGUUCCAGUUCUUGUGUGUAAAAGAGACCACCAUAAGCAUGAUAAACAUCAUAAACAGCACAAGAAUGAUGAUCACGCAGAUGAUGAACAGCGCGAUGAUAAAAUUGAUGAUAUACAUUGACAGAAUUGACAUAUUCUAAUAUCAUACAAACAUCUAAUCCGCAAUAUAGACGAGCAUGUUCAUGUGUAGUUUAGUAUAUAUUGCGUAUCUUGUUUACUCUUACAAAAGUUAUGCCCCAUAUUAACAAGUAAAGUUAUGAAUGAAAAAUAUACAUAUAUCUAAAGUAACAAUGUGUCAUAUUUUUCAUUGAGACAAUGUUAUAAUUUCACAUAUAUAGUUAACAUGCUCAAAUAAAUGCAAUUCAUUUUGUCUUCACACAAGGCGUAAUUACAAUAUGGUAUGUUUCCCAAUGUCAACUAAUAUAAAUCAGGCUAGACACUUUUAAAAUUAAAUCCUUAUGAAAACGUGAAGUAAAGUGCCUUUAGAACUGCGCAAUUAUGGAACAUAGAUAGUAUGUUGAAAGACCUAGAAAUUUUCAUCAUGUGCAAUUUUUGCACUUAGAGGACAAUAACAACGUGUUUCCUCACAUUUUCACCAACAAACCAAUAAAGAAGUAAAAUUCAACAAAAAUCCAACGGGGAAAACAUUAGGAUUUAAUAUCCUUUUCUCAUAAAAGUAGAAAUGUCUUUUGUUUAAGACUAUGCAAAGAAAUAAAUUUAUUUUUGAGGAUCGUUAAGGAUCUAAAUUUACGGGCUGUAAACAACAUCAUCGUAAAUCUAGGAUGUGAUAUCCCGUUUGUAAUGAGUUUUCUAAAGGUACAUACAACCAAACAUCAAAACCAAAUCUACAGCAUCUAUGAAAUAAUAUUUUAAGCGUUUUAAGUAGUUUCUGUUAACGAAAUCCCUGACUUAAUAUUAGCUAGUGAUACAUAAAUGACGUCAACUGAAAUCUAUAAAGUCACUACAGACACCAGUAUAUCAAACGCGUUGUGAUAUAUAAACACCGAAGGAUGGGACCAAAGAAAAUCCGCUGUCCAAAAAACGAAAAUUUACAUUAGGAAACAAAAAAAUCGUAAAUUUUUGUAUAGAGUUUCCCUUGUGAACAUUUACACACAUGGUUUAAAACACAGUAAACAAAACAAAACAAUCGAAUUUUCUUAUAACCUUUAUAUAUAGUACACACAAAGUAAGGUAUAAUAAUAUAUGAUAUAGCCUAGAAGGUUGCAUUCAAAUAGAAACAAAAGUUAUUUACAUUUACCUUACCUAAAGUGCAUAAAACCCCACUUUGCCUAAAGUAGUAUUUCUUAAAUGUUUCUACACUAACCACACACACGACAUAUUUACUACACCUUUAAUAUUUGUCAAUAAAAUCUUUUUUAAGUACCCGUGACAGAAAGGAAAUCAGUAAAUAAUAGUUAUACUAGUAUGCCUACAUACAAUGCAUUUACAUCAUAUUUACAUGGAGGUUUCAUUUUAUAUAAUCUGAUAUAGUUGUAAGGCCUUGUAUUUAUAAUUAUUAUAAUAAAAAGAGCUAUCUAUAUAUAGUACGUUUUCUUACAAGAUUAAAUUCAAAUGUUACCAUUUAAGGUUUAAGCUUCCAAACUUUAAUAUAGUUAAUGUUCAUGGCAGUGCCUUCAUCACCAUCAUCAUCAUCUUGAUUAUGAUUCCAUGUUGAAUACCAAAAAUCUCUUGCACUCCAGAAAUCUCUUGUUGCAAAGUCUGAUCGAUCCUGCCAGGGCUUUGGAUACGGAUA